AUGGAACCCAUGGAGGCUCGUUUUGAGAAAAUCGAUGCCAUGUUGAAGGACCCGAAGUCGGAAAUCAAUACGGAUUGUCUUUUGGAUGGCUUGGAUGCUCUGGUGUACGACCUGGACUUCCCUGCCCUCAGGAAAAACAAGAGCAUUGACAAUUUCUUGAAUAGAUAUAAAGACACAAUUAGUAAUAUACGGGACCUUCGCAUGAAAGCGGAAGACUAUGAAGUUGUCAAAGUCAUCGGUAGAGGAGCUUUCGGAGAGGUCCAGUUGGUAAGACACAGAGCUACAUGCAAAGUAUACGCCAUGAAGCUGCUUAGUAAGUUUGAGAUGAUCAAGCGGUCAGACUCUGCGUUCUUUUGGGAGGAGAGAGACAUCAUGGCGUUUGCAAAUAGUUCCUGGGUGGUGCAGCUUUUUUUCGCUUUCCAAGACGACCGCUACCUCUACAUGGUGAUGGAGUACAUGCCGGGCGGAGAUUUGGUGAAUUUAAUGAGCAACUAUGACGUCCCUGAGAAGUGGGCACGGUUUUACACGGCGGAGGUGGUGCUGGCUCUUGACGGGAUCCACUCUAUGGGCUUCAUUCACAGAGAUGUCAAACCCGAUAACAUGUUGCUAGACAAAACAGGCCACUUAAAACUCGCAGACUUCGGGACCUGUAUGAAAAUGAACAAGGAUGGCAUGGUACGAUGUGACACAGCAGUGGGCACUCCGGAUUACAUUUCGCCCGAGGUACUGAAAUCCCAGGGAGGAGACGGUUACUACGGCAGGGAGUGCGACUGGUGGUCCGUGGGGGUCUUUCUUUAUGAGAUGCUCGUUGGCGACACUCCGUUCUACGCGGACUCCCUCGUUGGCACCUACAGCAAAAUCAUGAACCACAAAAAUGCCCUGACGUUUCCUGACGACAGCGACAUCUCCAACGAUGCCAAGAAUCUCAUCUGCGCUUUUCUGACUGACAGGGAAGUGCGCUUGGGUCGCAAUGGUGUGGAUGAAAUCAAGAGACACCCGUUCUUUAAGAAUGACCAGUGGACAUGGGAGAACAUACGAGACACUGCUGCUCCAGUUGUGCCAGAGCUGAGCAGUGAUGUCGACACCAGUAACUUUGACGACAUCGAGGAGGAGCGAGGAGAGGAGGAGACUUUCCCCAUCCCCAAGGCCUUUGUGGGCAACCAGCUUCCCUUCGUAGGAUUCACGUAUUACAGCAGCCAGCACCUACUCCGCAGCCCCUCCAGCACCAAGACCACUGACAAGCGCUGCAGCAGCACAAAAGAAGACAAAAGCCACCUUGAAAACCUCCAAAAAAGGAUUUACCAGCUGGAGGAGCAGCUGCACAGCGAAAUGCAGCUGAAGGAUGAGUUGGAGCAAAAAUGCAGGACCUCAAAUACAAAGAUAGAGAAGAUAAUUAAAGAACUGGAUGAAGAGGUGAACCUGAGGAAGAGUGCGGAGGGCUGCAUGUCUCUGCUGGAGAAAGACAAGAUGAUGGCGCAGCACAGGCUUACCGAGUCCCAAAGAAAAGCCGACCAGGAGGCCGAGAAGAGGCGCAACCUGGAGAAUGAGGUGUCAACAUUAAAGGAGCAGCUUGAAGACAUGAGAAAAAUCAGCCAGAACUCACAAGCCUCAAAUGACAAGAUCCUUCAGCUGCAUAACCAGCUGGAGGAGGCCAACGACAUGCUCAGGGCCGAGUCGGACACCGCGAACCGCUUGAGGAAGAACCAGUCGGAGAUGGCCAAGUCCAUGAGCCAGCUGGAGACCCUGAACCGGGAGCUGCAGGAGCGAGGGCGGGCGGCUGACGGCGAGAAGGCCCAGCGGGAGAAGGAGAUCCUGGUCCUGCAGAGCACACUGGAGUCCGAGAGGAGAAACUACAACCAGGGCUCUGAGGAGAUCCACGAGCUGCAAGCGAGGAUGGCCGGGCUGCUGGAGGACAACAAAAACUUGAAGCUCAGUUUGUCUAAAGUGGAAUCUGAACGCAAAUACGCACAAGAGAGGAGCAACAACAUCGAGAAAGAAAUGAACAACCUGGAGAUCGACCUGAACUACAAGCUGAAGACACUGCAGCAGCGGCUGGAGCAGGAGCAGACGGAGCACAGAGUGACCCGCGCUCAGCUCACCGACAAAUACGAGUCCAUCGAGGAGGCCAAGUCCGCUGCUAUGAACGCUGUGCAGCAGAAGAUGUCUGAGGAGAACGGGGCUCGGAUGCGGGCGGAGAGCCGGGUGAUGGAGGUGGAGAAGCAGUGCAACAUGCUGGAGUUCGACCUGAAGCAGUCAGUUCAGAAGAUGGAGCAGCUCAUGAAGCAGAAGGAACAGCUGGAGGAUGAGGUGACGAUGGUGAGGAUGCAUCUGGAGCAGGAGAAAAGCAAGAGGAGCACGUCCCAGAGCGAGCUGAAGGGCCGGACGCAGGAGCUGGACCGACUGCGCUGCAACGAGAAGCAGAUGAAGCAGGACAUCAACACGGCCCUGGAGAGCAAGAGGUCACUGGAGUUUCAGCUCGCACAGCUCACCAAGCAAUACAGAGGCAACGAAGGACAGAUGAGGGAACUUCAGGAUCAACUGGAAGCAGAACAGUAUUUUUCGACGCUUUACAAAACUCAGGUAAAGGAGCUGAAAGAGGAGAUAGAAGAGAAGAAUCGGCAAGUUCAGGACGCUCAGAAGAAGGUGCAGGACUUAUGUAGUGAAAGGGACUCGCUGUCGGCUCAGCUGGACCUCACGGUGACCAAAGCGGAGUCGGAGCAGCUGGCCCGGGCACUGCAGGAGGAGCAGUACUUUGAGCUGAGCCAAGAGAACAAGAAGGCGCUGUCCCGACACAAGCAGGACGCAGCAGAGAAGGAGUCCACCAUCUCCAGGCUGGAGGAAUCGAACAAAACUCUGACCAAAGACGUGGAGAUUCUGAGUAAAGAGAAAGCCGAGCUGAGUGAGAAGCUGCAGUCUCAGGAGGAGGACUACACAGCACAGAAGGAAGAAAUUGCAAACUCAAUCAAAGCCACGUAUGAGAAAGUCCUCAACACAGAGCGCACACUCAAGACCCAGGCGGUGAACAAGCUGGCGGAGAUCAUGAACCGCAAAGACAUGAAGCUGGACCAGAAGAAGAAGGGCAGCACGGCCGACCUGCGCAAGAAGGAGAAGGAGAACCGCAAACUGCAGCUGGAGCUCAACCAGGAGAAGGACAAGUUCAACCACAUGGCCAUCAAGUACCAGAAGGAGCUCAGCGAGAUGCAGGCGCAACUGUCAGAGGAGUGCACGUAUCGGAACGAGCUCCAGAUGCAGCUGGACAGUAAAGAGAGCGACAUUGAGCAGCUGCGGGAGAGGCUGAACGACCUGCAGCAGCGGAUGGACAACUCCAGCCUGACCAGUCUGCAGACGGACGAGACCGACCUCAGCAUCGCAGAAUCGAGACUGGAGGGGUGGCUGUCUAUUCCUAAUCGUGCCAAUAUCAAACGCUACGGCUGGAAGAAGCAGUAUGUGGUUGUAAGCAGCAAGAAAAUCCUCUUCUACAAUGACGAGCAGGACAAGGAGCAGUCCAACCCCUCCAUGGUGCUUGAUAUAGAUAAACUGUUCCACGUCCGACCUGUGACACAAGGGGACGUGUACCGAGCGGAAACAGAGGAGAUCCCAAGAAUAUUCCAGAUCCUGUACGCCAACGAGGGCGAGUGUCGGAAGGAGGUGGACAUGGAGUCGGUUCCUCAGGGCGACAAAAGCAACUGCCUCCCGCACAAAGGCCAUGAGUUCAUCCCCACGCUCUACCACUUCCCCUCCAACUGCGAGGCCUGCUCCAAACCGCUGUGGCACGUCUUCAAGCCGCCGCCCGCUCUGGAGUGUCGCCGCUGCCACGUCAAGUGCCACAGAGACCACCUCGACAAGAAGGAGGAGGUCAUCACGCCAUGCAAAGUAAACUACGACGUGACCUCGGCGCGGGACAUGCUCCUCUUGGCCCUCUCCCAGGACGAGCAGAAGAAGUGGAUCGGCCAUCUUGGAAAGAAGAUCCCCAAAACGCCACCCACCUUCUCCAGAGCCUCCCCCCGCACCAUGUCCACACGCUCCGGACCCAACCAGUCAUUUCGCAAAAACAUUAAAAGCAGCACAAAACUCAGCCGAGCUGAGUCUCACGUCCACGCCGCCAGCACCACGUCCAGCACAUGUUGA